AUGUUUGCAUUGAGCGAUAUCUUAAGUUUUGAAGGUGAAAAAAUCAAGAUUCUGAAGCCAGUGUGGGAGGUCAUAGCAGAAUAUCUUGUGAAAUCCUUGGUAUUACUAUCAUUACUGUUCGCAGGUAUGCAAUUUAUAUCUGGUAGAUUUGAAUGCGUGCCUGCAGUUGAAUGCCCAGCUAUAUCAAGACGAAAUACUAACUGGUCCUCGUUAAUAUCACAGAUAAAGUAUCGCAAUGUAUGUAAACCAUUUUACAGUUCGCAGAAAACUAGAAAUACAGAAACAACUUAUGUCAUAACGGACAUUAAAACGAUUAUCCAGUAUGCCGGGUUUGUCAAUUCUGAAUGCAGUAAAUGUGCUAUUCCAAAAUUUCUUGCAUACUUUUGGAUUGUGCUGUUUGCUGAAUCAUUUGCACUCCUUGUAAUCGGUCAUUUAUGGCUAAAAAUUCCAGCCAUAGCAUCAUUUAUUGAACGUUUUAGCACACUUGUGAUGGAAUGCUACGAUUCGCCAUCCUCUAAUUUAGAAGGAGCACAAAGGUUGGAGUGGUCUAUCACCCCACACAAUGUCUCCAAAAUCUCUUAUGCCUACGACAAAAUGAUAACAGGAAGAGAAAGUUUUAAAUUCAACUUUACGGAUGACGCUGAAACUGUAAAUAAAGUGAAGACGUUGCACAAAAAAGUGAACCAAUUCAAGAUGAGUAUCACAUCAUGCCCCAAAUGGAAAAUAUGGUAUGUUUAUUUGGUUCAGUGUGUAUUGCAAGCUCUUUUUGCCUUCGCAUUCUUCGUAAUUGAUAUUUACUACUACACGACUGACUGGCCAGAAAAAAUAACCUGCAGAAUCACCGAAUAUAUCCCUGUUCCUCAUGACUAUUUUAUUUGUUCACACAGCCUUGUGCCUGCAUUCGCUGGGGGAUUGAUAUUCUAUCUUAUAGUGUUAGUGAUUACCUUUGUACUUUUUAUUUUCAUGAUUGGGUGGACACUUAUGAAAAAAUGUAAAUUUAAUGCACCCUCUAUUUGUGUGGAAGAAGAUGGCGACUUGGGAUUCCUGCUUCACCUAUUGCACAAUUCUAAUAAAAUACAUGUAGUCCAUUUUGCAACAUAUUUAACAAAAAUAGAAGCAUAUCUUCUCGCUAAUGAGUUCCCUGUUUCAAAACUAAGGGAGAUAUCGAACAAAGCCAAAAUAUAUGUGAUCCUGCCCCUUCACGACCUUCCAGGAAUUCCACUGACCAUAUUUUACGAUUGCAAUGACAUUCAAGACCUCAGACUGAAAAAUUGUGGUCCACUUGUCAAUGAUGACUUUAAAUAUUUUACCAAGUUAACUUCUCUGUUGAGACUAGUCAUUACUGGAUGCGGUCUUAAAUGUAUUCCAAGAAAUAUUUUGGAGUUGCAGGAGUUAAUAUCGCUUUCCAUCAAGGAGGACUCCAUCGAAUCAAUUUCAUUUGCCGCGAGUAGUGGCAUGUUGAAAAAUCUGGAUAGUUUGCAAUUAUUAAAUACUGGACUAAAAUUUAUCGAAGGACUUGAACAUCUUGAUAAUCUAACGACUGUUAUGCUUGACUUUAAUCCAAAAUUAGAACUUUCAGCACUACAAGCCGUAUUAAAGUGUAAAAAAUUGAAGAAACUGGAAAUCCCUGAACACCUUAAGGAAAUGGCGGAUCAAUUAAAAGCGUCGGAGCGAGAUAAGUAUGAUAGAGUUAUCCAACCUGAUAAUGAUGGUUACAGUUACAG